CCGGAGUAGAGCCCGCUGCGCCCUAGUUCGCUGGCUUUGCUGUUUCGCUCCGAGAGCUGCUGCGGGAUGCUGGCAGCCUGACUGCGCCUGUGCCGCCGCCGCAGCUGCCCACGCCGCGCCCGGGACGCGAAUGAAGAAACUGCUCCUCCUGCUCUUCAACUAUCGGGGACUCACGCGAGGCGGGGGACGCAAAGGGAAACGCCGCCGAAAAUGGCCUCGUUCCGUAUCCGCGCCGCGCGGCCCGAGGACUGCGCCGACCUCCUGCGCCUCAUAAAGGUAGAUCUCGCUCUGCGCCAGGCCAGGCGCAGGCAAGAAACGAGCAGAUGCAAUGAACAAGAGUGGAAAAACAAAAGUCACUUCCAUUGGCCUCCUUUCGUCUUGAGCCUCUUGAGAGGUUUUUCCUUUUUUAAAAUAUAAUAAAAGUUGCUCUCUGAACUGAGCGCGCCGUCCUGGGUGGCGGAGGGGGAAGGAAGGAUUGCGCGCUUUUAUCUUUGCCAACCAGAGGGGCUGCUUAGCGAGUCACGCCAAAGUAGGGCAUUUUUAUCAGUUGCCACCACACGCCUUCCGACUUUUUAAAAAAGGAACGACAAAAAAAAUUAGUUAAGGUGGGAUAAAAGUAAGAGACUGGACGACACGGAUCUCUUAGUAUUUUUACCCCUAAAUAAGCCUGCACCUGCUUUAGGCGGUUUGUGUAGCAAACCAAAAUGCUAACGUUUGACGUGUGUAUAGCGAGAGAGAAAUUCCCCCGUAUGUACUCGGCAACACACCAGUUUAAACUGCAAUCUUACACGUUUGGAGUGUAAACAUGGCUAGAAAUUUUACCUUGGCAGUUACUCUGGAAGCAAAAACGAUCUUGUGUUUUCGAUCUUUCAGGAGUCCCCCCCCCCACGUCCAGUUCUAGUCUAGCUUAGCACAUACAGUUCAAGGGCAAAGGUAGGCCACUGAGGGUGGGAACUGUUUGUUCUGCAAGCGAAAUAACUUCCUUCUGGGCACAGACACCUUUGCCCUCCUGAGUUGGCAAAACAUCCUCUUCCUGCUGUUGCGAAAUAGGCUGCCGACAGUUUCUACCCUCUGCACAAGUGACUGCUGUAAAGAAAAAAGGAAGCAAGGACCCAGCUCCAGAACUGCACUUGAAAGUGAUUCAGCUGUUCAUCUGGUCUAAUUCCUUUGAUGGGAUGUCCCAUUAGAUACAAACAUUGAGGAACACAUAUUUCACUUGGAAAUUCCCCCCCCCCCCCAAAAAAAAAGGUUUAGCAUUAACUUACAUUUCUUAAAUACAUUGGAAUUAUUUUGUUAACCCUUUCGUUCCUGUCAUUUUAAAUGCUUAAAACAUGUCAAGAGUGGAACAGCUUAAUUCCGUGCAUCCUUAUUUGGAAGUAAGUCUCAUGCGUUCGUUAGGGCCUGUUUUGGGGACAAUGUGUGUAAGGGCUGCCUCCUUAAUCUUCUUUAGGCAAUUCCCUCAGGUCCUUCAGGGUGUAGAAUCAAUACUGUAGAUAAUCCAUUAACUGUAUAGUUCCCUACUGAAUUUUCACUCUUCUCAGAAGAGAAGCAGAUAGUACUCUAUAAAAUGGGUUUUUCUAUAUAGACUAUGCUCCAUGACGCAAGAAAAAAAAGUGCAAAAUAUGUUGGUCCAUUGAAAUAUAACCAAACAUACAUGCUUUGUUUUGGACAGGAGCUUGCUAAAUAUGAAGAAAUGGAGGAUCAAGUGGUACUGACUGAAAAAGGUAAUAUAAAAUAAGACAACCAGGACAGUUUUGUGACAAUUCAACCUGGGGAUAGGAAAACUAGCUAGAUAAUACAUUUAUUGUAAUCCUGUAGAUCUACUUGAGGACGGCUUUGGAGAACAUCCCUUCUACCACUGCCUUGUUGCAGAAGUGCCAAAAGAACACUGGACAGCUGAAGGUGAAACUUUUUAAAAAAAUUAAUUAGAAAACCACAGAAUGUAAAUAACAAUGCUUAUAAUAAGUAAGACUCUAGCUGUACUUCAUUGCAAAGGUGAAUGCUAAAACUUACUGAACUUUUCAAAUGGUAUCUUAUUGUUCAGUUAUCCUGAAGGUAAUGGAGAACCAGGUAUAAUCGUAAAAGAACAAAACUAUAAUUCCACUUCGUUACAUGGCUGUUUUUGUUUGACCCUAACGUAUCACUAUGUAAUCCUGUUGAAUCACAUGUUUUCUUUAAUUUGUCCCCAAUCUUCAGGUUACAGUCUCUAGCUUCGCCAUGUACAUGGCCCUUCCGUGUACAUGGAUGGGCGGGGAGGUAACUAAAAGAUCCGUUACACAAUAAAGUAGAUGAUCAUGAUAUAUGAGGUAAGGUCUCCAGGGUCAAAUCCUAUUCCAAAACAUGUACCUCAAAAAGAAAGAGAAAAAAGCAUAUACAAAACACUCGGUAGAUCAGAAAUCCUGUAUGUAACUCUGUUCCUUGGAUUACAUGUAACAAGAUUGAAGUUCUAAAUAUGAAUAUUGACUAGGAUGUAGUAAGGAUAGUGAACAAUUGUUCCCUUUGCAAGCAGAAGCAUAGGAGAAUGACGCAAGCAAUGAAACAAAGAAAACACUUGAAAGCAAUCACUAUUUCCUUGAAAUACUCAUCUUGGAAAAAUAAUAGCUGCUGUAUUUGCUCUUAGCUGUCACAAAGGCAAUCCUGUAGUCUCGUCCUUUAAAAAAAAAGAGUGAUUGCAUUGUAAACAAAUGGACAUCAAUUAACGUGGAAAACAAACUUCAGGGGCUUUUGCUUUGGGAGUUUUAUGUUCCAAAAUCUAGAAGGAAGCAGAGUUGAAAUGUUUGCCACAAUAUUCUGAUCUGCCGUGUAAAAUUGUAGAAGCCUGAAUUGUUUUCCAAAGUGGUAUCAAUAGGGUAUGUACAGAGACUCUCCAGCAAAAGACUAUAAUUAUGAUGUAAUUGUUGACACAACUUGCCAGGUGUUGCAAUUACGUAAUUCCUGGGUAUGUGCAAGAACAACAUGAAACUGACCAAAAAAUAUGAUGCUGGUUUUUGAGGGUCUUAGAACUUUCCAGGAUGGCCUUAACUUGCUAGGAAUUCCUAUCUUACUUAAACUGCAAUUCAUUAUAAUGUAUGAUGAGUGCUAAACUUGGCUUAUUGCAGCAUAAGAUUAAUUUUGCAUGUUCGGAGUGACUAUUUUGGCACAAGCAUGUGAUAUUUUGUAUAUACUAACUUGUUGCUUUAUUAAAAAGGUACUCUAUGUAUGCACAUGUAUAUAAAGUAAAUAUGUUUUGUUGCAGGAUACAGUGUUGUGGGCUUUGCCAUGUAUUACUUCACAUAUGACCCAUGGAUUGGAAAACUGUUGUAUCUUGAAGACUUCUUUGUAAUGAAUGAGUUCAGAGGUACCAUUUAAAUUUUAAGGAAACAUUUUACAAUUAAGUUUGAUUCAACUCUUCUAAAAACAUGACUAAUAAAAUUGCACUUGUUUUAUUUUUAGGUUUGGGCAUUGGUUCAGAAAUUCUAAAGAAUUUAAGUCAGGUAAGAAGUUGAUAUGGGAAAAGUGUUCUAAAAUGAUCACUUAACCAAAGUCACACUUAGUUGGGAAAUUAUUCAAUCCAGAUUGUGCAGUGCCCAUGGAUAAGUGUGCCUUUGAUUGAGCUUGCAUAAAUACAGCAUAGAAAGCAGUAUCCCAAUAGGUAAAAGAAGUACUUUUAUUUAGAACACAUGUCCCAGCAUGUAAUUUUUUUUGCAUAAAUGUUUUUAACAGAGUUGUGUCAUUAAAGCAUUUCCUGCACCUAUUGGGAUAUCUCUCAUGCUGCUUUUAAAUAUCCUUCCUUGGAUUAAUGGUGCUACCUUCUUUGUGACAGCCUGGCCCAUGAUAGAGUUCUCUGUGGUAGCACACUGCCUCAUUGUUAUGAUGGGAGUGUUCAGAUGACCAGUCCACCUUGGAAACAUCCUCUCAAAUGAGGUAUAAGCAGUAAACCGCAUGACCAAAUGUAGCGUGGCUCAGUACCAUGUGUCUUAUUUCAAAGAAAUAUUGUACAGCAGUAGCACACCACUAUAUUUGAACUUGUGAAUAUUGCAAUAUCCACCAGGCCAUUCAGAUACUUAGGGUUCCCCUUCUGCUUCAGUUGCAUAUUGAUAUUAUUUGUUCAAGGUUGCAAACUGCUCAAAAAGCACAUUGGGAAUGUUUUUUGUAACUUAUCCUAGAGCUCUUCGUUUUCAAGAGAUUAAUACUGGAGUAGGGAACGUAGAAAAUAGAUCAAGUAGGGAUUCAGUGAAACAAUGUAACUGCUACCACAUCUGGAAAUUCCCUACAUAGAACUUUUUUAAAGAAGCAGUACCACAUCCCAGCACACAGAAAUACUCCCUUAAUUAUUCCUGCCCAUUUUCUUUCUCUAGGUGGCUGUCAAAUGUCGUUGCAGCAGUAUGCACUUCUUAGUAGCUGAGUGGAAUGAGCCUUCCAUCAGGUUCUACAAGAGACGGGGAGCUUCUGACCUGUCUUCUGAGGAAGGAUGGAGACUUUUCAAAAUAGACAAGGAGUACUUGAUGAAGAUGGCAGCUGAAGAGUGAGGAGCUGAGCUCUCAGGACAAUAGCAAUUUGCAUCCAAUAAUUCCUUUUUGACUGUCCUUCCUGUUUCCUAUCCAACCUUGUAGUAAUGAAAUAAGUUAAUAUGGACCCUAAUUCAAAAGCUUUUAUUACCAGUGGCAUAAAUAUGAUUGUUUGCUGGAGUUUUGGGACUCUAAUCCCACAGGCAGUGACAGUUACAGAGUCAAGUUACUUGUCUGUCUCCAUCCCCUCAUCAGUACACCUGUGAUCCUGAAAUGUAUAUUGUAUAUAACUUCAUUCUUGUAAGUGUCAUUCAAAUGUGUACAGUGUACACACUGGUAGGGUUUUUUCUUAAUUAUUUGCAUUCGUAAGCAAAUAAACUGUUUUUCAUGCUAGUGACCACAAACUGGUGUAAUAUUUUAUUCA